GCGAAAAUGGAAUUUCAAUGUCUACAUCACAUUCCACAGUGUUUUCCACUUGAAAAGUGAUUAUUUAUAGCAUUGUUCACGAAGUUGGCAUAUUGUAUUGUAAUUUUCAAACAUAAGUUUCAAGCGGCAGUUUGAUUUUGUUGUGUAAUUAUGUCGAAACGCGCGUUGGUUCUUGUUUAUCCCAAGAGCGAUGAAGGCGAAGUGUGUGUGCCAUACAGUGUACUCAAACGCGGCGGUGUGGAUUGUAAACUGGCAGGUCCAUCAACCGAUCCAGUUUAUUGCUCGGUCGGGAUUCGUAUUAUACCUGAAUUACCGCUGUCAGAAGCCAUCAAACAAGGACCCUAUGAUGUUGUGGUGCUGCCUGGAGGUCGAUGGGGUUGGCAGUCGUUAUCAACAGAUAAACAUGUCAUCGCACUCAUGCGUGAACAAGAAAAAUCCGGAAGAUGCCUAGCAGCAAUUUGCACCUCCACAAUUGCAAUGAAGAUGCAUGGAAUCAUGUACGGCAGGCGGUUGACUUCGUAUCCGUCACUGGAGGAUGUAAUGCGGCGCGAUGCAUGCUACAUUUACAAGCACGACGACGUCGUGGUCGAUCGCAACCUAAUUACAUCCUCCGGCCAGAUCACCACGUUCGCCUGGGCGAUUAAAGUGCUGGAAUAUAUCACCGAUGAGGAAACUGCGGCGCGCGUCGCGCAGGAAUCGCUCCUGCCUUAUUAACACUAAUUACUUUGCAUAACGUUAUUUCCUGUUUGACUUUUGAUAAAUUCUUGUUGUUUUCCUGUAUA